CUCAAUUCCAAUCCCAACAACGCCUUCAAUUUCACCCAAUUUCAAAACUAAACAUUAGACAUUACACAUAUCUCAAUUUCCCUCUUCGUUUCAAGAAUGAGAAUGCAAGACGAGGGCUUUGAAGUUGAAGUUCCCUCCUAUUUUCUGUGCCCAAUUUCUCUCCAACUAAUGAGAGAUCCAGUUACAAUCUCCACAGGCAUCACCUACGACCGAUCCGCCAUUGAAAAAUGGCUAUUUUCAUGCAACAAACAAACUUGCCCCAUCACCAAACAGCCAUUGUCCACCUCCGAUUUAACCCCAAAUCACACCCUUCGCCGAUUGAUCCAAGCUUGGUGCACCCUCCACGCCUCUCAUGGAGUCGAACGAAUUCCAACUCCCAAGACUCCAAUUGACAAAACCCACAUCGCCAAAAUCCUCAAACAGGCCCAAAAUUUCUCCCCCGAUUCACUCCAUAAAUGCCUCAUUACCCUCAAAGCCACCGCCUUGGAGAGCCAAAGAAACCGCAACCUUGUGGCGGAAUCCGAUGGAGUGUUUGACUUUCUCGCCGCCGUCGUCACAGGUGGUGCCAAUCACAACAUUGAUUCCGUCGAAUUAGCCGUUGAGAUUCUUUUCCACCUCAAAUCCUCCGAAACCCAUCUCAAGAAUCUAGUGAACGGCGACGGUAGCUUCAUGAAUUCUCUACUCCACGUCCUCCAACGUGGGAACUACCAAUCUAGAGCCUACGCUGUAAUGUUGCUCCAAUCAACCUCCCAACUUGCCCAUCCAAUUCAUUUGAUGAGUAUCGAUAGAGAGGUUUUCAAGGAGAUUGUGCGUGUAAUACAAGAUCAGAUAUCUCGCCAAGCCACUAAAUCCGCGUUGAAGCUUUUGGCGGAGGUGUGUCCGUGGGGGCGGAACCGAAUCAAGGCCGUGGACUGUGACGCGGUUGGGGUGCUAGUGGAGUUGCUUCUUAACUCGACUGAGCGGCGGUGGUCAGAGCUAGGGUUGGUGGUUUUGGAUCAGCUAUGCGGGCGCGCGGAGGGGAGGGAGAAGUUGUUGGGGCACGGGGCUGGGGUGGCGGUCGUGUCGAAGAAGAUACUUAGGGUUUCGACAUUGGCAAGCAACAGAGCGGUGAGGAUAUUGUCGUCGAUAUGUCGGUUUUCGGGAACGGGGAAGGUGGUUCAAGAGAUGUUGGAGGUUGGGGUGGUGGCGAAGCUGUGUUUGGUGUUGCAAAUGGAUUGUAGUUUGAAGACAAGGGAGAAGGCGAGAGAUAUACUUAAACUGCAUUUUAGGGUUUGGAGUAACUCUUCUUGUAUUCCUCCUCAUUUGUUGUCUGCUUAUCCAUCCUCGUGACGGUUCUUCAUUA